GUCUCAUUUCCACGAAACUCACUUUGAUAUAGGGCUGGUGGACCUAUAAAACACCAAUCCUUCCCUCUGGAUCUAGCAUCUACCAUUCACAACUUUGAAUCCCUGAUUUCUUCAUUCUACAAAAUUCACUAUGGGAGUCACAACCUUUACACAGGAGUACUCUUCCGCUGUUGCCCCAUCACGCAUGUUCAAGGCCCUGAUCAUAGACUCCAGAAAUUUGCUUCCGAAGCUCUUGCCUCAGUUUGUAAAAGAUGUGAAUAUCAUCCAAGGAGAUGGGGAAGCUGGAAGCAUUGAACAAGUUAACUUCAAUGAAGCGAGCCCCUUCAAAUACCUGAAACACAGGAUUGAUGUGCUUGAUAAGGACAACUUGGUUUGCAAAUACACUAUGAUUGAAGGGGAUCCAUUAGGUGACAAGCUUGAGUCUAUAGGUUAUGAGGUGAAGUUUGAGGCCACUAGUGAGGGAGGUUGCCUCUGCAAAAUGACAAGUAACUACAAGACCAUUGGGGAGUUUGGUGUUAAAGAGGAAGAGGUGAAGGAAGGAAGGGAAAGCACUAUCGCAAUUUACAGAGUUGUGGAGUCAUACCUGCUAGAGAACCCACAAGUAUAUGCAUAAUUAUUUAUUAUUUAUUCAUUGUGUUAUGUAUCAUAAGAUAUAUACAAACUUAUUCAAUUUUUAAUAAGUGUGUAACCAAAUAUAGGGUUGUCUAGAAUGGUUGCAAAAAAUUGUAUUCCUUAAAAAGUCCUUAUUGUAUGAGUAGUCAAAAGGUACUAGUUGUUUGACAAAAAUAUUUGUAAUUUUGGGGUAACAAAGAAAUGAAGAGUGUUUACCUUUACAUAAA